ACAAUUUAAAAUCUAUACAAAAAAACAUAAAAAAUUCUUAACCUUAAAAACCCUUGAACAUUUUUGCUCAAAACAUUUAGUUAACUUUUUUUAAUUUGCCCGGGUUUGUUAUAAAAAAUUUUUCAAAAUUAUACUUGAUAUGGAUAUGACUUCAACGGCGGAAGCUGCUGCCCGCAGCUGGUAUGAUAAUCCGCGCCUGGUAGGAGGUGGCUCACCACAAACCAAUGGUUUGGGCGCCUCAGCUACCGGUCUGGGUCAUCACGGUUUAGGUGGUGGUCUCGGAUCAACGGCCGGUGGUAGCACUGGUUUAGGCGGUGGUGGCGGUGCCGGAGCUGGCAGUGGUUUAGGUUUAGAUACCAGCGAUAUGGGAGCAUUUUAUGCUUUAGAAAGUAAUGGUCAUCAUAGAAGAUAUUAUCCCAGCUAUCAUCAACACACCUCCCGUAUGCCAUCCUCACAUACAUCACCGCAAAUGUGUCGGCCUCACUUUCAUACGCCCCUGAGUUCAUGGCUUACCAGCGAACAUAAAUCAUUUGCACCCGCCAGCCCUUGGGGCAGUCCGUUUGCCUGUCCCCAGGAACCACAGGUCGAUCAUAAAUUGAGUCAGGUGGGUCAAUCACAUCAGACAACAACGAUGGGCCAGCAUUCAUUUCCAUUCCCGCCCACACCGCCAAAGGAUUCAACGCCCGACUCAGUACAAACCGGUCCCUCGGAAUAUCAGGCUGUGGUAAAUGCUUUUAUGCAUCAAGCUCAAGCGACGGGUUCCACCUCCCUGCCCGAUACAAGCUGUGCCCUCGACAUUAAGCCCACCAUACAAAAUGGCUCUACCUCCUCCUCACACAAUGGCAGUGGCCAGUCCUCUGUGCCCAAACAAAGAGAAGGUACUAAUCAAGCGUCAAAUAAUAAUAACAAUAAUAACAACAACAACAGUAAUAACAAUAAUAGUACAACAAAUAGUAAUAAUACAAAUAAUCAACAUAGUAAUCAAACACACAACAGCAACAACAAUAGUAAUAACCAAUCAUCGACAUCAGGUUCAAGAUCCGCCAAUAAUUCAAAUACACAAAAUGUCCAAUCUGCCGCCAACCAAAAUAACAAUACCUCCUCCCUACACAACAAUUCCAACGCCCUACUGAACAGCUCAAGUGCGGCGGGCCUCUUCGAUGGCAGCGGCCAAGCGCACUACGGCAAUCUAAGCCAAUCCAGCGGCUUAGGCCUGAGUAAUGGUGUUGCUGGCAACACAUCCGCCAACAGUUACGAUGGCUCUUAUGCCUCCUAUGCGGCGCAUCAUCAUGCGGCCGCCCAACAUCAAGUGGCCGCCGCAGCAGCCGCUGGCAUGUUUCAAAGUCCUUCGAUGGCAGCGGCGGCUGCUGCCCGACAUCAUCAUCACCAUCAUCAUCAUGGUCAUCAUUCGAUGUCGGCGUCUAGUGUGGGUUCGUCGGGUGGUAUGUCGAGUAGUGUGGGUGGUGGUGGUGGCGGCAGUCACGGCAUGUCCGGCAGUUUAAGUGGUAAUGGCAGUAAUAACGGUUCCAAUAUUGAUGUUAAACCGGCUCGUACUAAACCUCGGACUAGCGCUGAAGGCCGUGAGUGUGUAAAUUGUGGUGCCACCUCAACGCCUUUGUGGCGACGUGAUGGUACCGGUCACUAUUUGUGCAAUGCCUGUGGUUUAUAUUACAAAAUGAAUGGUCAAAAUCGACCACUAAUUAAGCCAAAACGAAGACUGACUCUGCAGUCGCUACAAAGUGCCGCCAAACGAGCGGGGACCUCGUGUGCCAACUGCAAAACCACAACUACAACCCUUUGGCGGCGUAAUGCCAGCGGUGAACCAGUAUGUAAUGCCUGUGGUCUCUACUAUAAAUUGCAUAAUGUUAACCGGCCUCUUACCAUGAAAAAAGAAGGUAUACAAACCCGUAAUCGUAAAUUAUCAUCGAAAUCGAAAAAGAAAAAGGGUUUGGGAGGAGGCUGUUUGCCCAUGGGCGGCCAUUUGGGCAUGGGUGAUUUCAAGCCCUUGGAUCCUUCUAAGGGUUUUGGUGGCGGCUUUUCGGCUUCAAUGGCUCAACAUGGCCAUCUUUCCAGUGGUUUACAUCCAGCUCAUGCGCAUAUGCAUGGUGGCUGGUAUACUGGCGGUAUGGGAGCUUUGGGUGCCUCCAGCGGUUUACAGGGUGGCUUUUCAACGGCCGGCUCUUUAGGUGGCGGUGUUGUACCUCAUUCUCAGCCUUACCAUUUGGGUUUGGGUUCAAUGGGUACUUGGCGUACUGACUAUACGUGAUGGAGCGGUAAUAAUUUAAAUAAUAAUUUAUUUAAUUGAAAUUGCAACAACAACAAA